UUUUUUUCCUAAUGGGAAUGGGGAUUCCUGGGGAAUUUACAUCGGUGUUGAGUCGCGACCCAUAAAAUAAUACACGAAAAGUAGUUUUGCCUUAUCGAAUCCACGCGCGCACGAUCAAAAACUUUAUUUUCCGGCUUACUCUCCUUCCAAGUCGACUUCCAACUGACUCCAACUGUCGAUGUCUACUGUGUGACCAUCACGAAGCACACACGUAUAUCCAGAUUACUGCGCAAAACCACGCAACUCAUCCAGCUCAAAGAAGCAUUAUCCUCCGAGGACUCUUGUGUGUGUCGGUUGUGCUUGUCGCCUGAUGUGGCUUCGGAACCACUAAAGCAGGACGCAUCGGGCCAAUAUCUUGUUCAAAAAAUCUUCGAUUGUACAAGCGUUCAGAUUAUGCCAUUAACAGGCAUUGCUUCAGUCUUUUGUACCGACUGCAAAACACAUGUGGAAGACUUCUAUCUGUUUCGUUACCAGUGUAUUAAAAACAACGAAGUUCUCAACGAAUUUGCUGCAGAAUUGAGCAAAUCGCCAUUGGACGAAUCGGAAUCAGGAGAAGUCGUGUAUUCAAACGAGCUUGUGCAACAAACUGGUAGGCCAACAAUAAUUGCACUAAGGUACUUCUAAGCACUGUGUAACUUCUAGCAGAACCAAAAGUGUUGCAACAUUCAAGAAUCAAACAUGGAGCACGAGUUCCAAAACCAUGACGGAAUCGAUCCUCCGGAAGUAAACUGGGAACACAGUGAAAAUCAAUCAAAUCGUGUAUGUUUAGAACAAACGGAUCCUCUUGGAAUGGAAUCUUUGCACCCAUUUAAUGAUGAAACCAACCAAACUGUUCAAAUGAACAUCAAUGAAGAAAAGUCCCAAAAUUCAAAUGGUCCUGCUGAGCUAGAUAUUUCGUUUCCGCCAAUUCACAAACUUACUCACAUCGACGAGAGACCUUUUGUGUGCAAAAUCUGCGAAAAAAGGUUUGCUACAAGAACCAAUUUGAAUGCACAUGUUAAAAUUCACAACAAGGACCAAUAUCAUCAAUGCCCUCAAUGCCCCGCCAAGUUCGCUCAGUCAGCGGCGCUCAAAAUCCAUAUUCGUACCCACACCGGUGAAAAACCUUAUAUAUGCAAAGUAUGCAACAAAGCAUUCAAUGCACCCAGCAACCUACACGGACAUCUAAAAAUUCACGUUAAACCACAGUAUCAUCACUGCUCUCAAUGUCCUGCCAAGUUCGUUCAGUCAACGGCGCUUAAAACCCACCUUAGUACGCACACCGAACCGUUUGUGUGCAAGAUCUGCGGCAAAGCGUAUGUUACUUCGGGAGAUUUGAACAAACAUGUUAAAAUUCAUAAGACAGACCAACAGCAUCAAUGUGCCCAUUGUCCCGCUAAGUUCGGUCUACUCACGGCGCUCAGAAUCCACUCUCUUACUCACAUCCCUGGAAAACCAUUCGCAUGUAAAGUUUGUAACAAAAGUUUCCGUUUGCGACGUAUCCUGAACAAACAUGUUACAAUUCAUAACAAGGACCAACAGGACAUUCCUAACAAGUGCAAACAGCAUGCAACAGCAAGUGGAUUGAAAUCUCAUACAAGAAUUCUUGACGAGGAUCAACAAUACCAAUGUCCUCAAUGUUCCGCUAAGUUCGCACAGUCUACGAAACUUACGAAACACAUCCGCACUCAUCAUGUAAAGCCAUUUGUUUGCAGAAUCUGCGACAAAGCGUUUCCUUUUUUUUCACGAUUGGCUAGGCAUAUGCAUACGCAUAGCGAGAACAAUCUUUUUCUUUGCUAUUACUGCUCUGCUAAAUUCACCUAUGGAACAUCGCUUGAAACCCACAUCCGUCAAACCCACGAAAGCGAACUAACACCCAGCAGGCCGGUUCAGUGCAAAAUUUGUAAUGAAUCCUUCAAUGCACCUACAAGCUUGCUCAUACAUAGAAGAAUUCAUUACAAUGAAAGACGGUAUGAAUGUUCUCAAUGUCCCGCCAAGUUCUACGGCCCAUCUGCCCUCAAAAUACACAUACGCUAUCAUACCGGUGAAAGGCCUUAUGUGUGUAAAGUUUGUGACAAAGCGUUCUAUACACCCGCCCAUCUGAAAACGCAUGCUAAAAUCCAUAACAAGGACGAACAGCAUCAAUGCAGGUACUGUCCAGCUAGGUUUGUUCAACCUGGAAGGCUCCAGAUUCACAUUCGUAGGCACACCGGUCACAGACCUUUCAGGUGCGAAAUUUGCAGUAAAGCGUUCUACUCAUUAGGAGAUGUUAACAAACACGUUAAAAUUCAUACAAAGAAAAAUCAACAUCAAUGUCCCAGUGUAACAGAAAGUUCGAACUCACGUCACAGCUAAAGGCUCACAUCGUAACUCACACCAGUGAAAAGAGUUCAUAUUAAAAGCUUCCUGGUAAAUCCUGGGUAAAGUCCAGAAACCCACAUGAAUGGAUUCCGAACCGAAUGAAGUACGAAAGCCGGAAGAGACAACGUAUACCCCAGGUAGCGUAUUUUGUUGAGAACAGGUCUCUGAACAACUGACUUGCUAUUAAAAUAAACUACUGGCAUUCUAAAAUAUAAAGAAGUAUCCACAAGUUCAUUAAACGAUCCAUAUAGAAAAACCUUGCCAUAUAUCAGGUUGGGGAAAAGUC